AUGAGAUUGAGGGUUUCCUCAGUAUAAGAAGAAAUAAUCAGGUUAUAAUAAAAACAGAGAAAUGGCUCAACACAUUCAUUUUUGCAUUUCGAAACUAAAUAAUUGUAAUAAAAUUAUCAAUAUUAAGCAUUUAAGAAUAACAAAGAAAUGUAGUAAUAAAGCAAAAUUUAGAAGGUUGAAGGAGAACAAAAAUAAAUUAAGAUUAACGAUUAUACAGAAUAAUAGUAAUAACAAUAACAAUAAGAAUAGCAACAACAAAAAAAUCAACAGCAACAACAACAAUAAUAGUAAUAAUCAAAAUUGCAAUCUUAACAAUAGCAAUAAUCUUAGCCAUUUCUUUAUGGAAAUUUUAACUUUGAUGCUGAAAAUCACAAAGAAAUAAUUUAAAUGAAUUGCGCAUUAUUUUAAUAAAAAUAUAAUAUAUCUUUAGAAGCAAUCAAUUUGAUUGGCUAAACAGUAGCAAAAUGUUUAACUUUCUUUAAUGCAUUAUAAAAUGUUUGGGUAAUUCCUCUAUUCCUAGUCUUUAAGCGUAUGCUUUAAUUAAGAAAGUAGGUUGAAAAUUUAUUAUAAGAAAAAGUAAAUUCCUUUAAUAUCAACUAUUGGGAAGAGAUAACUUAAAGUGCUGAAUUUGAAAAUUAU